UUACCUCGCUUCUGUUGACUUCUGUUUUCGGAAUACCAAAUAACCCAGGAGAAAGAGUUCAGAUUUGUGUAAAGCAAAAGGCUGGUUGAAGUCAGAGCUAAAUGACUUGGCUUGACCGAGAUUUUCCUUCAUGUAAUUCUGAAGUGCGUGCUGCUGGUUUAUUGCAUUUCCAUAGAGUUUGCAUUGUUUGUUGUCACUGCACGAGUUCCUGCCGUUUCCUUUCAAAUCCCAAAAAAUGUGCUGAUAGGCAAAUGGGCUGCUAUGGUUUGCCUCUUUGUGAGUUGCCAUGGCAGAGCCGCGAUUCAACAACCCGUACUUUUGGCCACCGCCACCCACCAUGACGAGCCAGCUCGAUAACCUGAUGCUGAUAAACAAGAUCAAGGAGCAGCUCAUGGCGGAGAAGAUCCGCCCGCCACACGUGCCCCCUUCGUCCGUGCAGUCCCAGCAGCCCUUGCUGCUGCCGUCGACCUCGCAGAGCGGCCAGUCGCCUCUGUCCAUCCUCAAACCGCAGCAGCUGUCUGAGGUCCACGCCCAGACCCCGCAGCCAGACGUGGCUCUCCACGCUCGGCCCGCCACUAGCUCUGUAACAGGUACUCCAAACUGGCUCAGCUUGUCUUCACCCACCGUUACCUGCGACUCCAUCAGCGUGACAACCCCCACCCUGGCGAGCCAGGGGCGCACCGAGGUCUCCUCCCCAAGCCUGAUCUCGGGCCUGAUCACCCACCACGGGAUGGACCCCGCACACUCCAGCAAGAACGGCCUGGCCAACACCCUGAAGACUGAGCGAGGGAGGAAGAAGAUAAAGGGGGAAAACUGCAUUGGGCCGCCCGUCCUCGUGGUGCCGUAUCCCAUUCUGGCUUCGGGCAACGAGCCUUCUAAGGAUGGGAAAACGUACAGGUUGGAAAAUAAGCGGUGUAAAAUCUGCCCCUUGACCUUCUUCUCCAAGUCCGAAAUGCAGAUCCAUUCAAAGUCCCACACGGAAGCGAAACCUCACAAGUGUCCACACUGCUCCAAGUCAUUUGCCAAUGCUUCCUACCUGGCUCAGCACCUACGCAUCCACUUAGGAGUGAAACCUUAUCACUGCUCCUACUGUGAGAAAUCCUUCCGCCAGCUCUCUCACUUGCAGCAGCACACGAGGAUCCACACUGGCGACAGACCGUACAAGUGUGCCCACCCUGGCUGUGAGAAGGCUUUCACCCAGUUAUCAAACCUGCAGUCUCACCAGCGACAGCACAACAAAGAUAAGCCGUACAAGUGUCCAAACUGCUACAGAGCGUAUUCAGACUCUGCCUCCCUGCAGAUCCACCUCUCCACGCACACCGUUAAACACACUAAAGCCUACUGCUGCAGCAUGUGUGGACGGGCCUACACCUCAGAAACUUACCUCAUCAAGCAUAUGGCAAAGCAUACGGCAGUGGAGCACGCAAUCGACACUCACUCCCCCCAGAGAACGGAAUCCCCGAGCUGUCCUGUUCGGAUCUCUCUAAUUUAAUCAGUCCCUGCGUCGGAACUGUAGGAAGUGGACGCUGCGGGGCCAAAGUCAUGUGCAUAAUUACAAAAGGAUGAGGAGCUUUUCAUUCUAGUUUGUGCUCUUGUUGGUAUUUAUUCAGUCUCAGAGACCCAGUCACACCAGUAACGUUAGCACCAAGUGCAUACAGGUGCGGAGGCUGCCAAAGACUACAACAAUGCACUUUGAGCCCAAAUGUACACUGUAGCCGAGGAGGUGAGUGCCAUUAUCCCUCGGAUAGAUGGCUUCCAUUGCUGGGAAGUGGCACUGGAAGCAAUGAUGUGCCCUACAGACUGGCUACUGCUUCAAUGUGGGUGUGGAUUCCUGCUAUUUGUGAUUUAAUAAGCUGUGUCUGACAACACACUUUUAUUAGCAUUUAAGUUGUCUUGCUGUCACACAGGAAGACAAAGGAGAAGAAAAAAAAAUUAAGAGAAUCGAAUAGAUAUAGAAUUACUAAACAGUAUCUCAUUUUGUUGUUCUGUGAUAGUGUGACAAAUCUAGUUUUCAGUUAUCAGUUAUUAGCUAAUAUGAAUUAUUAUACUAAAUGUAUGGUCAAUUUUCAUGUGUUUAAUUAAUGUCUUAGCCCUACCUUUUAACUGGCUCUAUAUACCAGACUUGUCACAAUCCCUGUUUAAUAUACACCCUAACUAGUACAAUUCAAAGUACCCAUGUUCACCGACACUGAAUGGUACAUAACAUGGAUUGCUUAAACGACAGCUGAACCAUCCCUGCUCACUUGAAACAGGUUGCCAUGAACAGCAGGUAGAAAACUUCAGUUUGACUUUGGUUGUAGCUUUAAAGUGCCCCACAUCAAACAAAGUCUGCAAAGAUACCAGGCUUACUCCAAUCAGUGAUGUUACUCUACCCUAAGGAUGUAAGAUCAAAAUGCUGGAACUAAGACUGAGGCAGGAUGAAGUUAAACUGGCUUUGAUUUGAGCCAGCAGUGUUCGGUAGAUGUUUUUAUUCGGGGAUCAAAUCUGGCUUUACUUGACUGCCUGCCAUGUUGGCCAUGAUUUAUGUGUUAUGCCGUGACUUUGCCGUUGGUGUGUUCAAUUCUCAAGUUUUCUCUGCUGGAGUUAAGUCAGUUCCACACCUGUGUCUGGCGUUUCUCGAAGGGGCGACUUAUGUGGGACAAAGAAGUGUCACGGCUUGGACAGGGUCGCAGCAGAACACACCUUGUUGGGCAGAUUGAAAGGGACACUUCACUGGCACUUGAUUCAGCUCUCCUGGUAGUGAUAAGGGAGAACAGGGAAAAUGGAAUGAAGUACAGAUGGCAAUGGACUGCAGCAGAGAGAACCUCAGCAACUCGGUAAUGAACGGCAUGGCAUAGCGAAGGACUUUGUCUGCUGGAUACAUUUAAGUCACUCAUUUUCCAUUUCUGCUGCUCCUGGUAUGUUAUGUCUUGUUCUUUAUUUUUUAAUCACAAUUCAUGUGUCACAUACACUUUUCAUACUGUUGUUUCAAAGAGAUUUAUACGAUAGAGUCAAUGAUAGUAAUCUUUUCUUUAAUUUUUUAUAUAUUAUAUAUAUUAUAUAUAUAAAUAUGUAUAAUUCAGUUUUACCUGAGGGAGAGGCCCUCUCAACCCGAAGAGUUAGCAUAGAGUUGGCCUGCACUGUCGCUAAUCUGAUGUUCUUGUGGAACAGUAUAUAUGUUAAAACAUUUACAAAGAAAUGUCUGUGGAGGAGUGUUUGUAAAAGGAAUUGUUAAGGUCAUGGGUCAGUUAAGGAUCCCCACAUGGAUGGAUCUGAGGGAUCUGGGCUUGAAAGUUGUCUCUGAUGGGUGGAUGUGGAGGUUCCUGCCCGUGAUAGCAACUUCGAGCAGUUGCAGAUGGAUUCCAUUAAUCCACAGUUCCAUCUGGCUGUACAGUCAAUUUCAACAGGGUGCAGAAAGCUAUCAUGGUGACCUCUGAACUGCAGCCAAAUUACAUAUCCUCACAUUGUGUUACCAAUAUAGUCACUUCACCAGGAAGAUUUCUAUCAUUUGGAAUUUCCCGGAGGGGGGAGAAGGUCACAAGGAUGUUUGAAAAAGAGAGGUUGAAUAUUCUGGAAAUAAUGAUAAAUGAGAACCUCUUCAAGUGUAUACAUUGUGGUGAUAAAGGGAUUCCUGGUGCUGCCUCAGGUUUUUGUCAGAACACGGCACAGCACUGAGCACAGCCUUGUGUCAGUGAAGGAAUGCUCUUAUGAUGUUGCAGGCACAAGAAUUUCGAGAGGACAGUGUUAGCUAUCGCAGGACAGAAAGCAGAAGGGAUUUUUGCUUUACACUUGGCUUUGCUCUUCUUGGUUUAAAAGCACUUGAUGCUGAUCUUUUUUAAUGUUAAAAAAGUUCCAUAUAAAAUUACUAACUAGGUAAAUGCUUUGUAUAAUUUUUCACUUUACAGCGACAGGGAGGCAUAUUGGUCAGUCUGGUGAGUGAGAUUUUUGUAACUUGCACAGAGGAAGAGAGUAGCACUUCCUCUCGAAUUUGCAAGGACAGAGAGAGAGGGUAAAAGCUUUAACAUCACUGAUUUUCAUUGCCUCUCGGUAAACCAAUGGAAUAAAAAUUGAACUGAAUCAAGUGGGUCCAGUUUGGUAACCACACAUUGACGUUGUGUGGCACACAUGCAGUCAUUGAAUCCUUUACUGCAGAGGAGAUGGGGGAAUAAAUAUUUCAUCUACAUGGGACCAAGAAAUAUUCCACCUGAAUAUUUUACACUUUUUUUGUAACUUACUCCCUUCCAUCCACCCAUCCCAAUUCCCAUUUACUUUCAGCACUGCAGUGUUUCUCUUCUCAUGGUAGGGGAGUCUAAGACCAGAGGACACAGUCUCAGAAUAUAGGGCGUCCAUUUAGAACGGAGAUGAGGAGGAAUUUCUUUAGCCAGAGACUGGUGAAUCUGUGGAAUUCAUUGCCACGGGCAGCUGUGGAAGCCAAGUCAUUGGGUAUGUUUAAGGCAGUGGUUGAUAGAUUCUUGAUUAGUCUGGGCAUGAAGGGAUACAGGGAGAAGGCAGGAGACUUGGGCUGAAAAAGAAAAUGAAUCAGCCAUGAUGAAAUGAUGGAGCAGACUUGAUAGGCCAAAUGGCUUAAUCCUGUUUCUAUAUCUUAUGGUCUUUCCUGAUGUAUUUGAUAGUUACCAGCUUGCAUCUCCAACACCCCAUCCAAUUGCUGUCGCACCCAGGUUCUUGUGUUCAGUUUGCAACUUAAAUGGAGUUGGGGGUGAGGUAAGGUGGUGGUGGUGUAGGAUUGGAACCCAUUUCUAAUUUAUUUUCAGCUGACUUCCACACACAUACAUCCUGCAAGUCUUCAAUGCAAUUAUGCUAUUAAAAUGGUUUUCUAACCCAUUCCCUUGUGCUGGAGCACUGAAACCAAUUAUAGCAAACAUUUCUGCCAUGAAAUCUGCUUGUAUAAAAUUAAAUCUGGGAACUAUUUUCUCAUAAUAAAAACUGCAUUCACAGAUACUCUGCAGGUCAGGCAGCAUCUGUGGAGGGAGAAACAAAAGGCAGUUUUUCCUACUUGACGCAAGGUCUUUGACCUGGAGCACUCACUCCCUCUCUGCAGAGAAGAGGCUGAUGAGCUGGGUGUCCUAAAACUUUUCCGUCUUCAUUUACUAUUUCCAGCAUCUGUAGUUUUUUUUUGUUUUUCAAGUAUUGUCUGUUCUUCACUGUAUAAGAGGCAAUGUGUUGAAUUAACUCCAGACUGCCAGCUGUGUAAAUUAACCUGCGUCUUUUACGCGGAUUAACUUCCGUUCAAAAACGAGAUGUUGUUAUGAAAUCAAUCAGUCAAUGUCAGAUUGUGUAGAAGAUAAAUAUUCAUGUCCCUGUGUGAAUGUUUUGUUAGGAGAUGGUACUAAGCAUUGGGAUCCAGCACCAGUAGACAGAAUCAGCCUUACUCAUGGAUAGAAAAAGCUCUGAACACAAAAGAUAGGAUAAAAAUUCAGAUAAAGAAGGUGAGAUCAUAUUGUCUGGCCCAUGACCCUGAUCCAUACAUGCCUAGAACAAGCACAUUUUUGUCCUUGAUUUGUUGAUGCAAAUGGAACAGGAAAAAAUGCUGUUGUAAACACUUGAAAUUGGUACGGUGUAAAGCUUGUCUUGAAUACGUUAUAUCUAGAUUAAUUCAUUCUACAGUGUCUUGAGAUAGUUCAAGAUAAAACAACGGCAGAAUACAGAAUAAAGUGUAACAGCUACAGAGAAAGUGCAGUGCAGGGAGAUAAUAAGGUCAUAACGAGGUAGAUUGUUAGGUCAAGAGUUCACAUUACUGUACUAGGGAACCAUUCAAUAUUCUUACAGCAGUUGCAUAGAAGCUCCCCUUGAGUGUGGUGGUAUGUGCUUUCGGGCUUUUGUCUCUUCUCCCUGAUGAAAGAGGGGAGAAGAAAGAAUAUCCGGGGGUGGAUCAGGUGUCUGAUUAUGCUGGCUGAUUUAUAGAGAUAGCAAGAAGUAUAGACAGUUCAUGGAGGGGAGCAGAUUCCUGUGAUUCACUGAGCUGUGACCUACAUCUCUCUGCAGUAUCUUGUGACUACAGGCAUAAUCAAUGACUAAUUGAAAAAUUAAAGGCACCAUAUGCAGGAGUAAUAUGGAUUUUUAAAAUCUUAAAAUUACUCCCCUUCCCUUCCCUGCAGCACCAGGCUUUCCACAAAAAGAUGUUAAAAUUUGAUUAGACUUGCAAGACAGAUUGAGUCAUUAUCAAACAUUUUCCAGCCCAGCCACAGACACGAGCUUGAUUGGAGCUUUUGUCAUCCGUAACAAAUUUCAUCUCGGGGAAUUGGAGGUAUGAAUCCGAAAUCCAAUGAGACCAGCUAAUGGUGCGGUCAGUUUAUCCAGAGAAUACUUUUAGAAGUGAUCUUGAAUAUGUUUUGCAAAGUUCAAGUUAAUGGCUAGGAAGUGGAAUGAAUGUUGUGGCUUCAACCCAAGUAAUACUACAUCAGUCAGAAGUGCCAUUGACGAUAGAACAAACUUGUUAGGUGCCCCUGUGCCUAAAGUUUGGGACAUGGGCUGGAAUAUUGAAAUCAAAAUAGAAUUGCUACUGAUGUGGUUAUCAUGUUUGCACAUUAGGUAUAUUUAGCAAGCUUUGUAAUAUGAUAAGAUUUAUUUGUAAUAUUAGCUAGUGAUGAGGUAGCAAAUUAUGCCUCUGGUUAUAGUCGUUGCUAGGCUUUUAAAUGUUUACAUCUUCCACCUGUUCCAUGUUGUCUUUUAGGGGGUUGCAAGCCAGAUGUUUGAGAUGUGACCUGAUUAAAUACUAUGUGCAUAUAUCUGUAUUUCUCUGGACUAACACUGUAAAACUGUUUGCAGCCGCUCCAUUCCUCAUUGACAGGAAAGUCACAGAGCAUGCCAAGCAAAAUUGACUGGGAUUGUCUCAUGUGAUUGCAGUCUUUGGAAUGUGCUCUUGCAGGAAUGUCAGCCUGACUUAAAAUGCCAGGCACCAUUUCAUAUUACUUAGAUGUAUGCCCUUAAAUAGAAUGGUCUGAUCACAAAAUGUAAUCUCUCCUGCACUGUAACCAAUAUAUUUUUUGUAAAAUAAUAGCUGAUUCCAUCUUCUGACGUUUUGAAUCAAAACCACAUCAUUAGCUCAGGAAGCUGAAUUUUGUGUAUUAUUUCAUUUGAGAGGUCUCUUAAGAGGAGUUUAUUUACUUACUUUCACUUUUUUUAGCCUCCUUGAAGGUUCUCCUCAUGGUAGGUAUAAUGAGUCUGGUCUGGUACCUCGCGUAAUACACUCCUUCUGCCAGAACAUUGACUUUUAAAUUGUGGGGGUCAGUACAAUCCUUGCUCAUCUGCCAAUCACGAUUGUUCUAGCAGGUGUUAACGAUAUAGAGUGUGGCUGCAGGAUUCUGUUUUGUUACACCGGACAGGUUAGCAGCUCAUGAAAAUAUCAACUGGACAGCUGUGAUCGUAAUUGCAACACAUUAGUGACCUUAUUGGCACAGUCUGGAAGGGAGCCUGUGCCUUGCCCCUCUGUAGCACAGCUUGCAAAAGUAUCGUGGCACCAGAGCAACACAAACAAAAUGCUGGAGGGACUCAGCAGGUCGGGCAACAUCGAUGGAACGCUAUGAACAGUCGAUAGUGUUUGAGCCGAGAACCUUCAUCUGUUGAAGUGCCAAUGAAGGGUCCCAGCCUGAGGCGUUGACUUUAUUUCCCUCCAUAGAUGCUGCCUGACCUGCUGAGUUCUUUCAGCAUUUUGUGUGUGCUGCUCAAGAUCUCUGGCGUCUGCAAAAUCACUUGUAUCUUUGGCAGCAGAGUACUGGCCUCCUCCCGCUGCUGCCAGUGAAGUUUACUAGUUUUAUUAUUGAGAGCUAUUCUGAGAAUCAGGUACAAGGAAAGGUUAUUAAUAAUGUAGAACUGGAGUCAUCAGUCAGAAGGAAGUGCUAGAGUGACAUAGAGACUCUGUGCAUCACUUUCUCUAACCUACAGUGUUAAAAAGCAAUUAUAGUUUUUAUUUAGAGAUGCCUCACGGUAACAGGACCUUCUGGCCUAAGAAGCUCUUGCUGCCCAAUUACACCCAUGUGACUAAUUAAACUGUUAACCCAAACGCCUUUGUACUGUGGGAGGAAAGCAGAGCACGCGGAGGAAACCCACAUGGUAACAGGGAGAACGUACAAACUCCUUACAGACAGCAGUGGCAAAUGUACUAUUCCACAUUAUCUUGAGUCUGGGGAGGGAGGGAGAAAACCAGCUGGAAUUUCUACUACUUUCUGUACUCACUAUGCCCCAGCUGGACGACACAUGUCUGCCAUUGGGCCAGCAUGCUUACAGUAUAUUUGUAUUGACCAGCAUAUUAAGUAAACUCUUAUUGGCUUGCAUCUGGGUAGCAGUCUUAUUUAUCAACUGACAGUAUUUCAUGGAAGAUAUCUCAGAUUCAAACUGCAUCUUAUUUGUGUGUCUAAGCAGUAUUAUAGUAAAGGGCUCAUUUGAAUUGGAAAUCACGGCCCACAGACAAUGCACGGAGAAAUGUGGUGUAACAAUGGAACUGAGCCAGUAUGGAUGCUUAACAUAAGACAAUGUGAUACACCAGUCUGAUAGCUAUCACUGAGUUCUUAUUUCAAUUACAUAGAUUAGUGCUGUAAUUUUAUUCUGUAGGAACGGUUUGGAUUGCUUUCUCCUGGCCUAUCCAAAUGGGAGAAUGUUUAUUUGAAAGGCAUUCAACCAAUCCACAAUGUACAACCAACAGUAAGGAAAUCAUAGAAAGCCCAAAUAUGCAUGCAGUCAGUGAGCAGGCCCACAAGGUAAGUCAGAGGAAGGUACAACAUUCAGUGGGGGUGGCAGGUGACUGAUUUAUUCUAUUCAAGAGAUAUAAUAUAACUAUCGUUUGACAAGGAACAGAGGCCACAGGAUAGGACCACACUGUAUCUAAUGACCAUAGUCGAUUACAGCAUAAAUUCGUAACCAAAGUAUAGAUGCAAUGUGCUGUUUAACCAAAGAAUUCCUUGAAAUUGCAAGCAGUUCGGCAUUUGUUGUUCUGAAUGGACUGACAAAACCAUAACAGUCAUUAAAAUGGUGAAACGGGACAGUCACUAACGGGCACCGUCUGACACAUUCCAGUUAGCCUAACAAUAAAAGAUCGAUGGAUGUAUGUUAACGUGUUUGGCUCCACAACGCUUGCAGGUCAGGGAAUAUGGGUCUGCUGUCUGGAUUCAUCAAAUGUUGAGCUAAAAACUUAAUUUUUGCUAAUAGCCAAUUAGUUUACAUACUUUUGUCAGCAUUAAAAAAAAAGGUGGAAAGUGAAGUUUAAAAUCACUCCUGGCUGAUCCAAGUCCAGUUGAUCUGAUGUUGACUCUAGGGAUCAUUUAUCCUACAGAAUGUAAAAAUUACUUUUGAUCAUUUUAAACUUUGUAAGUAUAAUGCAUAAUGUAGAUUGUUCAUCAGUAAGAGGGCUGUUUUAAUUCGCCUCAAAAACUGAAUUGACUCGAAGCCUGAUGAGAGAAGUGAUCUCCCCCCUUGCCAUGCUCUUCACAAACGUCUCUGAUUGUGUGGCUCUCUUGCAAGGACUGAGUUGGAUUUGUGGGGCUGUGAGGUGUGGGGUCAUCGCCCAAGUACUGAUGUUAAUCGCACAUCUUAAAAGGGAGAAAUCCAAACAAAGUUUAUUUCUAGGUUAUUUUAAAAGAAGGCUGUGUCUGGUUUAUAUGCUAGAGAUUUAGAAAAAAACACAUACACACAAAAAGACUGGACAUUGUAUUUCCAACUGGCAUACAUUGUGUCUGUAGGCACUUUCUCUCAUAUCACCUGUAAGCCAGCAAACUGAACCUCCUCCUUUCAGACUAAAAGGUAAAUGUUCUGACUGCACACUUGGCCAGGAGUGCAUUCUGUGUGAUCAUAGAAUAUUUUGACACGUGCUCUGAUAGACUGAGAAUUAAGGGAUGGUUGAAACAAGAUCUCCCCUAAGCUCUUCGAUUGGCAAUGCCUCUUGAUACGCAAUUGGGAAAAAAAAAUACACCUCCAAAUAUGACCAUACUGAACAUAGUUCAGUAGCUAUGGAAACUAGUGUCACUUCUUACCCUGUGUACAUAUGAAUAAAUGUUUUAAAAUUUUCUAUGUCAAUUAGUACAUCGACCACAUACUAAUUUCAUUUGAAACUUUUGAAAUAAAAUGUCAGUUAUUUUUAUACACAUUUAAAAGCCUUAAAUAUAUAAAAUUCUUUUCUUUCUCUUAAAAUAUGUAUUGUAUUCAUUACUUUUUAUGGAUUUUGAAAUGACUUUUUUUUUAAGGUGAGUGUUGUAUUUAAUACUCUUUCCCUCUGUUCGCAUGAGGUUAAUGUGGCUGAAGUAACACGAAAUGAAAAAAAAUGUUUUGUCUGGUGCAACAUUGAAUACAAACCAAUUACCCAGUAUAUUGUGGUUUAAAACAAUUUGAAAAUGCAGCUUUUUUUAAAAUGAUUUUCCUUUUGCAUCCGUCUUGGAGUGUGGUAUCUAAACAUUGCCUGGAAAGACUGUGUACUUCAUGGGCCAAUACCGUUUGAAAGAAAAGUUUCCUUUGUAUUAUAAUAAAUUUGUAUCUUUCUGUUACUGAAUAAAAUAUGAACAUAUGCAGCAGUAAUAUAAGUUUCUCCCUG